GGCGCCCUCGGUAUGGAGAACCGUGCAAUCCCAAACAGUCGAAUAAGUGCCUCGUCUCAGUGGGACGCAAAUCAUGCCGCAACCCAGGCCAGACUCUUCUAUCAGGCAGCUGGAAACAAACGGGGAGCCUGGUCAGCUCGUACAAAUGAUGCCAACCAAUGGCUUCAAGUCCAACUCCAUACUAUUUAUAAGAUAACAUUUGUAGCGACACAAGGAAGGAAUGGCGUCGACCAGUGGGUAUCAAAAUAUAUGUUGCACUACAGCAAAGAUGGAGAACACUUUCAGUACUACAGAGAGCGAGGACACAAUACAAAUAAGGAAUUUAAUGGAAACGUUGACAGAGACACAGCUGUUUAUCACGAGUUAAAACCACCAAUCACAGCUCGUUAUAUUCAGUUUCAACCUAUGGCUUGGCAUCGCCAUAUAUCCAUGAGAGUAGAAAUUUAUGGGUGUGCAGCAUGCAGCAGAGCUCUCGGAAUGCAAACCCAUCAAAUCCCUGACUGGCAAAUCACCUCCUCGUCUCAGUGGGAUGCAAAUCAUGCUGCCGUCCAGGGAAGACUAUUCUUCCAGGCUGCUGGGAACAAACAAGGAGCUUGGUCAGCUAGAAAAAAUGAUAUCAACCAGUGGCUCCAGAUUAAUUUAGGUUGUAACGGCAACACGGUGACACGAGUUGCGACGCAAGGAAGGAACGCAUACAACCAGUGGGUUACAAAAUACGCGCUGCAGUACAGCGGUGAUGGGUUACACUUUCACUUCUGCAAAGAAAAAGGCCAGUUAAAAAAUAAGGAAUUUCGUGGAAACAACGACCGAGACACUGUUGUUUCCCAUUAUCUGAAUCCCCUGAUCAAGGCACAGUACAUUCGUUUCCGCCCAAUAGCUUGGCACGGUCACAUAUCAAUGAGGGUUGAACUUCAUGGCUGCAGAUCAGAUUCCAAGUGA